GAGUCAUGGAAAAUUGUCGUGCUUGAACUGAAAUUUGUUCAAGUAAAAGCCCAAGCCACUCAAUUUAUGGGUGUUCAGGCAAGCCCAAUGGGCUCUGUUUUACUUCUUCCACUCAAUCCAGGUUAAGGAACCCUAAAUUGUUCAGAAAGCCCUAGACUGAAUUGUUCAGGUCACCCAACAAGGAGAUCAGAAAAGUUUCAAAGUGCUUUGAAAUUCAAGGGACCUUAUGAGAUAUGUUCUGGGUUUUAUGGGAAUCGAUCUUGAAUUGAGUGAGAGAUACUGUUCUAUCCCUUGGAGUUGCCCAUUUGAGAUACUGGGAGUUUUCAAGGGCUUCUACUGACAUGGAGAGAGCUGCAUUCACAAAGUUUACUGUCAGUGCUGCCUAUUAUGUAUAAAGUGACUGAUUAAAGAAAGAAGAAAAUUCAGACGGAUCAGCAAUGGCGGUGACGCACGCGGACCUGGCGCCGGGCAGGGGAAGCACCGAACUGGGCAGCAAAAUGGGAGCCUUCCUCAUCAUCCUCACCAUCCUCUGCGGCCUCCUCUGUUUCAUCCUCUGUCUCAUCGCCGAAUCCACCCGUUCCCAGGUGAGAUGGAUGGUGGGGAGGAAGGGGGGCGUGGAUGAAUGUGUGUACAGCGGGAGCGGGAAGACGGCGCUGGUGUGCGGGGCGAGUGCGUUCUUGGUCCUGGCGGCGGCGAUGGUGGUAGAGCACUUCUACCUGCUGGUCGCCGUCAGUAAAUCGGCGUCGCCGCCUCUCCUUGCCUGGGACCCCACCUCCGCUCCGGCCAGGGCUCUCUCUUGGCAAGCUGGCUUCUUCUUCGUUGCCACCUGGGCAUGCUUUGCGGUGGGGGAGAUACUGUUGCUGAUAGGAGUGAGCGUGGAGUCGGGUCAUCUAAAGGGAUGGUCCACCCCACGACCCACUUGCCUGGUGCUCCGGCAGGGCCUGUUCUCGGCGGCCGGCGUGUUGGGGCUGGCCACCGUCUUCCUCGCCGCCGGUCUGUACAUAACGGCGCUGCGGGUGCAGAGGAUGUGCCAAGAGCAGGAAAAUGUGCGGCAGGAGGUGCUAGCGGCGUCCGCCUUCUAUGCCUCCCCGCCCGCGUCCCCUCGGCGCCACCCCCUCGCGCCCAUUGCCGGAGAGAAUCACGAUCGCAUCGGACAUAUGAAUGGUCGCAGUGAGGAGAGGCCGUCUUCAACAUCAGUGUCCCAAUUGCAGCAAUCCACGAUGAGUGCUUUCGGCAAGCAGUACUCCAAUUUAGUUUAAAGCAAUUUCAAAGGAGGGAUUAAUUGGUGCCUCUCUGCAGUGAGUGGUAAAAGAGCUUGCAGAAACUGUAGAUAAUUUGUACAUUCCCGGAAAUGGAUUAUUUGUUUUAAUUUUGUACCAAAAAAGAAAACAUUAUUAUUAUUUUGAACAAGUCAAUUGGUACUUUUAACCAGUUUGCUCAAGUGACAAGAAUGAAAUUGAGCUUUAGAAAUCUCAA